AUGAUGUCUUACAUUAAACAACCUCAUUACUCUGUGAACGGGUUAACGCUGUCGGGCCCGGGCAUGGAUCUGCUGCACUCCGCUGUGGGAUACCCGAACACUCCGCGUAAACAACGUCGGGAGCGCACCACGUUCACGCGCGCGCAGCUCGACAUCCUCGAGGCGCUGUUUUCCAAAACGCGGUACCCGGACAUCUUCAUGAGGGAAGAGGUGGCCCUGAAAAUCAACCUGCCCGAGUCCAGAGUCCAGGUGUGGUUUAAGAAUCGUCGUGCCAAAUGCCGCCAGCAGCAGCAGCAGAGCACAGGACAGGCCAAACCUCGACCUCCAAAGAAGAAGUCUUCUCCAGCCCGAGAGGCCAACGCUGAGAUCAACCAGACCAACUACAGCCCCCCUCCUCCACCCCCUGGCACUGCCAUCACCCCCAGUGCCAGCUCAGCCAGUGCCACCGUGUCCAUCUGGAGUCCAGCCUCCAUCUCUCCUCUGCCAGACCCUCUGUCUGCCUCCACCACCCCCUGCAUGCAGCGCACCAGCGCCUACCCCAUGACCUACAGCCAGGCCCCCGCCUACAGCCAGAGCUACGCCGGCUCCUCCUCAUACUUCACGGGCCUGGACUGCAGCUCCUACCUCUCGCCCAUGCACCCUCAGCUGUCGGCCACCGGGGGGGCCCUCAGCCCCAUCACCUCCUCCAUGGGGGGCCUGAGCCAGUCCCCGUCCCUCUCCUCACAGGGCUACACCGCAGCCUCUCUGGGCUUCGGGGCCGUGGACUGUCUGGACUACAAGGAUCAGUCGGCAUGGAAACUCAACUUCAAUGCCACUGACUGUUUGGACUACAAGGACCAGAACUCCUGGAAGUUCCAGGUUUUGUAA